GUCACACUGCAGAGGACGAACCAAAGCAAGCAGAAUAAUUUUCGGUUGUUAUCUAUUAAAAAUCAGCGACCAUGGCCUACGACCUGAAGAAGGAGUCGGACGUGAAGGAGUACAUCGACAAGCUGGGCGUGGAGUACCGGUUCGGGUGCUACUCCGAGAAGAAGCCGGAAGCCUGCCACCUGCUGGGCGACUACCUGGAGGGCAUCAAGAAGGACUUCGAGAAGGCCUCCAAGGUGUACAAGUCGACGUGCGACGACUAUGGUUACGCAAAGUCCUGCUACAAGUACGGCAACUACAGCUUCCUGGGCAAGGGCAAGAGCGGCAGCAAGGGCGAUCCCCGGGUGGCCUACGAGUACUACGAAAAGGGCUGCAAUCUGAAUGACUCGGACGCCUGCCUUCACUCCGGCCUGCUGCUCGUCUCCCGGUCCAUGCCCAAGGAGAUCGACAGGAAUGUGCCCAAGGGCCUGGAGUUCCUGACCAAGAGCUGCGAUAUGAACAACGCCACCGCCUGCUUCUACCUCUCCGGCAUGCACAUCUCGGGCGUGCAAAAAAAGCCGGACCAGAGCGCGGCGACUGCGUCCGCCGGAAGUGGGCCUGCAGCACCGCCCGCCGGAAAGACGCCGCUGAAAGAUUCCGACUACGUUGUGCUGAAAGACAUGAAGAAGGCGUUCCAGUUUGCCCACAAGGCGUGCGAGCUCCGCAACAUGUACGCGUGCGCCAAUCUCAGUCAGAUGUACGCCCGGGGCGAUGGGAUCGAGAAAAACGAGAAGGAGGCCGAAAAGUACAAGAAGCUGGCCCUCGAGAUGCAGGACGAGGUGAAAAAGCAACAGGAGACGCUGGGCUUCCAGCAGGGCGUGGGCAUGCCCAACUAAUUCAGAUUCAGUUAGAUACCUUCUAUAGGCUACUGCUGUUCUUUCGCCUUCGCUUAGUCCAAUGUUUUUUUGUCUCCACAUGUAUCUUUGUUAGGUUUCCCUUUACCUUUUAAACUAACUAACUUGUGUUUGUGAUUUCUGUGUACAUAGCCGGCAUUUGCAAGCGGCGGAGCGAGAGAGAAAGAAGGUGUAACGAAGAGAAAUUCCUAGUUUUAAUUGUUAAAGUUAUCAAGUAACAAAUGAUGAACCCUAAAUCAAUUCUGUUGAUACCUUAUAUACAAAAUACAAACAAGUCCUAACAAAGGACGUAGACCAAAAAACUCCAAGUGUAUGGUUUUUCACUGCCAUUGGGUGGUUUUUUUCGAUGCCUUUUUUGGUUUUAUUUUCACGGCCACGUUUGAAAGGCGACGACAAAAGCCCAGCAACGUUUUAUGGAACGCACGCCCAAUUAUCUUCACUCGCGAUCGCCAUUUGCCGUGACUGCUACGCGUGUUCAAUUUAAAAUCUAUCCGUAUAAGCACACUUACAGUGCGUUUCGCAUUUGUAGAGCGAAGUUAAUCAGUGAGUCGAAGAUCUGUUUCUCUAUUCAAUUAAAUUGCUGUCGGUUGUUAAUCAUAAG